CAGUGGAGAGGCUAUGAAAAGGAGGCUUUAGUUAACCGAUCUAGGUGAGCUACAAAUUGAUCUGACAUGAUGGAGUUGACCGUGUCCAGCUUCGUCUCUUUGUUGGUCUACAUCUUGACCUUCUUGCUUGGACUUCCUGGCAAUCUCCUUGUUCUUUUCGUGUACAUCCGUAAGGCUCGAAAACACGGUGCCACCCCCAAUGUAGUCUACGCUCUGAACCUGUGUGUGGCAAACCUGGCUCUAGUGUCGUGGAUGCCAGUCAAAGUGGCCGAGACGCUCCAUGGUUGGGCGCUUCCAGCUGCGGUUUGUCCCGUUUAUAGCUUCUUUCUGUUUUCUUCAGUCUAUGGUAGUAGUUUGAUACUCACAGCAGUCGUCGUGGGCCGGUAUCUGAGUAUCGCAUAUCCUAUAACUUACAAACUAUACCGCCGGUCGAGUACCUCUUGCCUGGUAAGCGCCAUCUUGUGGCUUUUAGUUCUUAUACACUUGGGUUUUGCUCAUACUGCAGAAGGAAUGGGCCAUUUUGUGUCUAUAUCAGAGGAGAAUAUCUCUGCAUGCUAUGAAAACUUCACCCAGGAGCAGUUAGAAGUGCUGGUGCCGUUACGCCUGGAGAUGGCACUGCUGCUCUUCCUGGUGCCACUUGUUUUGUCAGCAUUCUGCACACUGCGCUGCCUUGUGCUUGUCAGACACUCAGCUUUGCCCUCUGUUGGGAAAAGAAGGGUGUUAGCCAUUGCACUCUCCACUUUAGUAGUAUUUGUGGUAUGUUAUUUGCCCUACAAUGUUUCCCACGUGGUCGGCUUUGUCUUGAACACUAAUGUGGAGUGGAGAAGUGAAGCCAUGCUUUCCUGCUCCUGCAAUGUAUUUCUUGAGCCGGUGGUCAUGUUGAUGAUUUCACCAUGGACGCCGAGGGAUUUGGUGGACAGAUUGUGCCGCAAAUGAAAGAACAUGUCAUACAAGUCCAGGCAUCAGAAUCACUGCAACAGGGCUUCCAGGAACCAUCAAAUCACAAGCUGCAUCAAUAAUAAGCCAUGGUGAAUCUAAAGAUGACAGAGCAAAAGCAAACACAGCAGACUCGUCCAUAAAAGUGACCUGAUGGAAAUAAAUGAGAUGCUGAAUUUGUAAGAUUGUUUUUUUUUUUUUUAAAUUUACUUUUCAGUGUUAAGUCACUCAUAAAGAUAUCAGAUGAGAUAAUCUUU